CUGUGCUUGCGUUUCAAUGAGUACCGGCGAUAUGGAUACGACGCAACUCUGCAAACUGUUUAUCGGGGGGCUUAACGUGCAGACCACCGAAGAGGGCCUACGCCAGCAUUUUGAGACCUACGGUCAACUGACGGACUGCGUGGUGGUUAUCAACCCACAGACCAAGCGGUCUCGAUGUUUCGGUUUCGUAACCUACUCGAGUGCCGCGGAGGCCGACGCGGCGGUGGAGGCCUCGCCCCACGUGGUUGACGGUAACAACGUUGAGCUGAAGCGGGCCGUCUCCAGGGAAGAUUCCGCCAAGCCGGGGGCACACGCUAAAGUGAAGAAGCUCUUUGUUGGCGGCCUGAAAGAGGACGUCGGCGAGAGUGACUUGCUCGAACACUUCGCCCAGUUUGGCGCCGUGGAAAAAGUGGAGAUCAUUGCCGAUAAAGUGUCCGGCAAGAAACGCGGCUUCGGCUUUGUGUACUUUACCAACCACGAUUCCGCCGACAAGGCCGCGGUGGUCAAGUUCCACUCCAUCAACGGGCACCGCGUCGAGGUAAAGAAGGCCGUGCCCAAGGAGGAACUUUCCCAGGGUUCCAAUAGAUCCUUCCGCGGCGGCAGGGGCGGGAGAGGCCGAGGUGGCGGCGGAGCGCCCCGGGACUACAAUGGCAUCCCUGGAAGUGGCGGCAAAGCUGCUUUCGGUGGGGGCUACGGCGGCUAUGGGGGCGGCAACCAGGGCUACGGCUCGUACGGAGGCGGCUAUGGCGAGCAGAGCGACUACGGCAAUGGCUACAACAGUUUCGGGAGCUACAGCCAGCACCAGUCCUCGUACGGGCCCAUGAAGGGAGCGGGAAGCGGCAGCUGGAACCGGCCCAACACGUCAGGCCCCUACCGCGGAGGUUAUAGCGGCGGCGGCGGAGGAGGAGGUUAUGGCGUCGGCAGCUCCUAUGGCGGCGGCUCCUUCUGAAAGGUUUAAUAACUUUGGCGCAGUGAGAGAUGGAAAUAAUCCACACAAACACCGAUAAACUCGAACUUCUUUCAUAUUUUCAUGUGUGUUUUGGGCUCUGAUUGUUUUUAUACUAUUGUAACCUGAGAUCUAGAGCGGGAAACUGACAAUGGCAGUUACGGAAGCCGUAUUCUCCCACACCCACCCUGGUUUUUUGUUUUUGGCCAGCCUGUUGGGCUGCUGCAAGCAAACAGUACCCCCUGUACCCUUUUUUGUUUUUACUUUUUAAAUAAAUCGGUUUAUUACCCACUUUGUUCCCCUA